AUGAAAAAAUCAAAUAUUUUUAAUAAAAUAUUAUUGUUUGCAAUUAUUAUUUAUUCUUUAAAAUGCCACCAAAAUGAAUUGCACAAUUUAAGCGAGAUAUGUAUAUAUCCUCAAAGGGAUUCAAUAAAUUUUAGAAAUGGCAGAAUAUUAGCAUAUGCAGACAAACCAACAGACUUAAAUUAUUUUUAUGAAUCAGCUUUAAGUCUUAAUGAUAAAACAGAAGACGAUUAUAACGAUGAAGGAAAAUUAAAUCUUCAAGAAAAUGGUGAGUUGUAUACAAAUGAUUUGAAAAAUAAUAAGUUAGAGAAUUUAAAAAUUACAAUUUCGGAAACAAAUAAUUUGGCUAAUGAUAAUAUGGAUGAUGUAUCAGAAACAAUGGGGUGUGGUGAUGGUGUAUCAGAAACAAUGAGAUACGGUGAUGAUGAAUCAGAAACAAUGGGAUACGGUGAUGAUGAAUCAGAAACAAUGGGAUACGGUGAUGAUGAAUCAGAAACAAUGGGAUGUGGUGAUGAUGAAAAAAAACGCAAAUUGGAAUCCCAAAAAAUAGCUGGUAAUGAAAUAUUAAAGAUGUUAGGAGAUAAUAUGAAUAAUAAGAAUGCAGAAUAUAUUUUGCUCAGUAAGUAUCUAGAAAGUUUUAAGUUAUUUCUAGAUGAUAGCUUUAUAACGGAUAUUGAUUAUGAUAAAAUUGAAAAAGAAUAUAAUAUUUUAUUUAGAAACUGGGAACAUAAUAAAUCAUUACGUAAACAUAUUAAUAAAAGUAUACUUAAAAUAGUAAUAAAGGUUAUAUUAUGGAAUUCGGCAAUCGCACUUUUGUCUGCAUACAUGAGUUUUGUGUUUUUGGCAUUUUUUUCUGUAUCUCUGAUAGAUUUUAGAAUUCAAUAUAAUCAGCUCAGAAAAUUAUAUAAAAUAAGAAAAAUGAUGAAGAGAUAUUCUCGUCAAUUCAAUUCAUUUGUAUCAUAA